CCAUGGCGGCGGCGGCGGCGGCUCCGGCGGAGGAGAAGAAGGUGAGGAAGCUAGCUCAGGCGAGCUCCAGGAAGGGGUGCAUGCGGGGCAAGGGCGGCCCGGAGAACGCCGCCUGCACUUACAAGGGCGUGCGGCAGCGCACGUGGGGCAAAUGGGUGGCCGAGAUACGUGAGCCCAAUCGCGGCUCCCGCGUCUGGCUCGGCACCUUCGACACCUCCCACGAAGCCGCCGUGGCCUACGACGCCGCCGCCCGGAAACUUUACGGCCCCGACGCCAAGGUCAACUUACCCCACCUCUGCGACACCGCCGCCGCCACCGCCGCCGCCAAUAAUCAGACCCCAGCACUUGCUCAAGCCGCCGCCCCAGCCAAGGUGGAAAAUCAAGAAUGUUAUAAUUAUAAUUAUAAUUAUAAUUACAAUCCGAAUACGAAUCUUACUUCUGGAACUGCAAAUUUCAACAACGGCGGCGGCGGCGGAGGCGAGUACGUGAGCGCGAGUGGGAUACUGAAGAAACUGAACGUAAGCUUGCCUGACGUGGACGAUUCCCAUUUGUGGGCGGAGGCGGCGAAGGACACGUCAUUCCAAAUGGUGCACGAGCAAGAGCACUGCGGCAAAGAUGGCAAUGGCCUCCCUUUCACAUGGCUCUAUUGA